AAGAUGGCUAUCUCAGUUUCAAUCCCCAUGUUAAAGGUGGCCCUUUUCCUUUAAGCAUUUGAACUCAGAACUUGCAUCAGUAUUUAGAUUUUGAAACAUAUGCGCAUAACGCUGUAACGAACUAGCGUAACCAAUGCAGAACUAUUAUUUUAAGGUUUGAGGACUUUUAACGAGUUUCAUAUUUUCGUAACGUAAAAAUGAGCGGAGAUACGAGUACGUCCGAGGCCAGCCUGAAGACGAGGAGUGAGGCUGGAACCAGCACCUCAACAGCCAGUGCCAAGCGCAGGAAGGCUCAGGUGUCCCAGUUGAAGGCGCUGCAGGCCAGACGAGCGGCUGAUGAAGCUGAACGAGCGCUGGAGUCACGAAGACGGGCGGCCACCGCUGCCGCCGCCGCUGCUGAGGCUGAGGCCCAACUCGUGAUACAGGAGGCCCGGGCAGAGGCUCAGAGGGCUGCUGACGCCGCCGAAAUCGAUGCUUUAGAAUUGCGGCUCAUGGAAGACGACGAUUUGAAGUCCCAGUCCCCGAACGAUUUGGUAUUUGAAGAUAGAGACAGAGAGGGAAAUGGAGCGCCGGCAGACCCUAGGCCGCCCUCCGGUGUCAUAUCAAGACACGGUCAGAUGCAGCAGUUAACCGAUGUGAAUCAGAUACGAUCUCAGUCCGCUGCAGGGCCCCAGCGAGCUCACCUGCCUGAACAAAAUGCAAAUGCUGACGCCCGGGAGCGCACGGAGCGCUGGCUGAGUGAGCUGCCGUGCGGUGACGGCCAGCGCCGGACCUCAUCACUGCCCAAGAUAACGCUGGACGAGUUUGAUGGCUCUCCACUCGAAUGGCCACGGUGGAGCGGACUUUUCCGGGCUCUGGUGCAUGAUAACGGCGCUCUCUCAGACACCGAACGUUUGACCUACCUGCAGUCUUGUCUGACAGGCGAAGCGAGAGAAGCAGUGCGUGGGCUCUUAUGUGACGGCAACAUGUAUGAAGAGGCACUGAAAGAGCUGGAUAUGCAAUUUGGGGACCCUCGCGCGGUUGUAACAGCUACCCUUGAUGGUGUCCUCAAGCAUCACUCCAUAAAGGAAAAUGAUGUCGAGAGCCUGAUGCGGUUCUCUCGCGCCCUCCACGCCGCCGUCAGUGUUCUGUCCGCCAGAGGUUUCGAAGCUGACCUCGCUGCAGUAACAAACCUGGACCAGGUCCUAGAAAAGCUGCCAAGGUCACUGGCUUGGCAGUGGGGCCAGGUGGAGCUGAAGAUGGCACCACGUCGUCCCACGCUGGGAGACGUUGACCAGUGGCUGAGACCGCUGGUGCUGGCUGGUCGCCGCGCGCUCAGUGUCUCUACCCUAGGAAAAAAACCAUCAGGAUUUUUCUGA